AUAUCAUAAAAUUGAUUGAUGAAAAUCACCCUAAGAAGGUCUAUUUAAAAAGUGGGGAUUUAUCGACAAUAUUGGGGCCUUAUAAAUAAGCAUAUUUUGAAAUUAACAUUUUAGCUACGAUCUCCAGCUGGUUCAAGAAUUGGAAUAUAAGAUCAAAAUGGAGGCAGUGCCAAAUAGAUCGAUAUUGUUCCGCAAUGUUACGUAUUGUUGCUAAUUUUUCUAUUUGUCGCAUAAUAAAUAGAGCAUGGAAUGGAUGGAUCAUGUCCACUUCUCCUUCCAUCCUUUGGGGAAAAGGACAGCUCUGAAAGAGAAACUCCAUAUUCAUCCCAAAAGGUUGGUCUAUACAGACCAACAUCAGAUGCAAUUGACCUAGGAUAUCAUACAUUAGAUAACAAUGUUUGCCGUUCUACGUCUUCAUCAGCAGUUAUAUCAGUUCCAAUUAGACAACAAAUUUUAUUACAACAGAAGUGCAUUUAUGUUGUGGAUUUGUGUCAACUGGAUGAUACUUUAUUAUUGAAGAUAUUUAGUUGGCUUGGUACGAGAGAUCUAUGCUCUGUUGCUCAAACUUGCAGGCGUCUUUGGGAAAUAGCAUGGCAUCCAUCUCUUUGGAAAGAAGUAGAAAUACGUUAUCCUCAAAAUGCAACAGCUGCUUUGAAUGCCUUAACCAGACGAGGAUGCCACACUUAUAUCCGUCGUCUGAUGCUCGAAGGUGCUGUUGGCUUAGCUGGGAUUUUUGCCCAAUUAUCAUUUUUAAGUUUAACUUCAUUAGUUUUACGACAUUCCCGACGUGUUACAGACACAAAUGUGACAGCUAUCUUAGAUAAUUGCAUACAUCUAAAGGAAUUGGACUUAACAGGAUGUGUCAGCGUUACAAGAGCGUGUAGUCGAAUAACAACGUUACAGUUACAAUCAUUAGAUCUCAGUGAUUGUCAUGGUAUGGAAGAUUCUGGCUUGGUAUUGACACUAUCUCGCAUGCCACAUCUUGUUUGUUUAUAUUUACGACGAUGUGUGCGUAUAACUGAUGCCAGUCUUAUAGCAAUUGCUUCCUAUUGUUGCAAUUUGCGUCAAUUAUCUGUCUCUGAUUGCGUAAAAAUCACAGAUUAUGGAGUACGCGAAUUGGCAGCACGUCUCGGUCCAUCUUUACGUUACUUUUCAGUGGGAAAAUGUGAUCGCGUGUCAGACGCUGGUCUGUUGGUUGUUGCUAGACACUGUUACAAAUUGAGGUAUUUAAAUGCCCGUGGCUGUGAAGCACUUAGUGAUAGUGCUACGUUAGCUUUGGCACGUGGAUGUCCGCGUUUAAGAGCGCUUGAUAUAGGGAAAUGUGAUAUUGGUGAUGCAACUCUUGAAGCCCUUUCUACUGGAUGUCCAAAUUUGAAAAAAUUAUCCUUAUGUGGUUGUGAGCGUGUCACAGAUGCUGGAUUAGAAGCAUUAGCGUAUUACGUACGAGGAUUGAGGCAGCUCAAUAUUGGCGAAUGCCCGAGGGUUACAUGGGUUGGAUACCGAGCAGUAAAACGUUAUUGCCGUAGAUGCAUCAUAGAACACACAAAUCCUGGUUUUUCAAGCUGAUUGAGUCUUCUAAACCAUUCUUUAUUAAUCUUAUUUACAACCUAUUUAUUAACCAUACUUAUCUUAGUACUUAUUUAGAUA